CCUCCCAAGUAAAUCCCCCGUCUCCAUGCUCCGCCGCAUCGCGGCCCUCCGGCCGCCGCCACCGCCGCGCGCGGCCGCUUCUGCCGGGGCGGGGGCGGCCACCUAUUCCUCCAAGUCCACCUCCAUCCCUCAGAAGCAGCAGCGCGUCCGCGACCACGCCUUCGACGGCAUCAUGGAGGUCCAGAAACGCGUCCGCCGCUUCCACGCACUCCACUCCCUCCUCCUCUACGCCGCCGCCCCGACCGCGGCCUCCCGCGGCGGCGGAGGCGGCGCCGUGUCCGUCCCCUUCACCCGCCUCGGCGCCCUCGCGCGCCGCCAGCUCCGCCUCGCGCCCCUCGACGCCGGCCGCUUCCUCCUGCGCCACGCGCACGCCUUCCACCUCUUCCUCCACCCCGUCCACCGCAUGCUCCACGCCCGCCUCACCCCGCGCGCCGCCGCGGCGCUCCGCGCCGAGGCCGAAGCCGUCGCCGCCGCCCUCCCUUCCGCCUCCGUCAUCCGCCUCCGCAAGCUCCUCCUCCUCGCGCCCCCGCGCCGCCGCCUCCGCCUCGAGCACAUCCACCUCCUCCGCCGCGACCUCGGCCUCCCCGAUGAUUUCGCCGAAUCCGUUAUCCAGUCUAACCCCUCCCUCUUCCGCCUCACCCCCGACGGCUUCGUCGAGUUCCUGCCCUCCCCCACGGACCCGCCGGAUCUCACCGUCGCCGCGGUCGAGCGCGCCCGGGAGCGCCACUACCGCGAGCACCGCGCACCCGGCUCAGGCGAGGAGGAUGCGCGUUUUGCGUUCCCCAUCCGCUUCCCGCCAGGGUUCAAGAUCGGCAAGUACUUCCGGAUUGCUGUCUGGAAAUGGCAGCGCCUCCCCUACGCGUCACCCUACGCGGACGUCUCGGGACAUGACCUGCGCUCACUUGAGGCUCAACGCCGCAUGGAGAAGCGAGCGGUCGCUGCCGUCCAUGAGCUGCUCUCGCUCACUGUCGAGAAGCGCACUACACUGGAGCGCCUUGCUUUGUUCCGGGAGGCACUCGGUGUGCCCAAGAAGAUCAAGGAGUUCUUGCUCAAGUAUCAGGGCAUAUUUUACAUAUCCACCAGGGGAAAUCAGGGGAAGCUGCAUACAGUGUUCCUCAGGGAGGCGUAUUACAAGGGGGAGCUUGUUGAGCCAAAUGAGAUACACGAGGCAAGAAGGAAGUUGGAGGAACUGCUCAUGAUCAGCCCACAGAAGGCGAAUUUGGACCGGAUGUUCACCAGCAUGGGUCGUGGAUGGGAUGAGCUUGGUGGUGGUCGCCGUGGUGGAGCUGAAUUGAGGGACGAGUUUCUUGGGAAUGGAGGUGGCCAGAAAAAGCAUGCUGAUACUGAUGGUGCUGAUAGUGGGGAGGACUCGAGUGUUGAAUCACUCUACAUUGAUUGAGGAAUAGAAACAUAUGGUGGCAUUGGGCAUCAACUUGGAAGGGAACAGUCACUGCUCCCAUUUGGGGAAAGGUUAACUUCAUGUAUUGGUAACAUCACUCAACAUCUGAUUGGAAAUCUCCAAAAGGAGCAGAGUCUACGGUGAAAACUGAUGGCACCUUCAACUGGGGGGAAGUGAAAACUCUAUGUGCUAUAAUGGUUGGAUGGCUCCUCCCCUUGCACUCCGUGUGAAGCAUGUGAAGACAGAUUUCAAGGGCAGGAGAACACCUUUCAGAACUCAGAGCUUAUGCUUCUAAGCUUAAUUGGUUAAGUGCUUGUUUAUCAUCACCAUUCAGUCGAUUUGUGUGUUCAAAGCCCAUUGGAAUAGCUGUUUACUGAGCAAGUCUAACCUGAUUGUGAGGUUCACUAGAAGAAAGGCCCAGCUCUUGGCUGCUAAUAGUUCAUCAGCUACAUGAUACACUCUGUGGCUGCACGCCAAACAUACAAACCUACUCGGCUUCACUGAUCCUUCAGGCAUUGGUCCUAUCCUGUAUAUCUACAGUCCCUUGAUUAUCAGCUGGGAUUCUUUCACUUUCCUGUUAAAACUAAAGAAAAAUAGAAAACCAACAGAUGUUUUGAUCUGAAUGUCAGUGCAAAGCUUGUCGUUGAUGCAAUGAACCGAACUUUUCGUGACUGAAGGAACAAUCCAUAAACAGAGCAGAAGGCGACAAUGAAACCUGAGUACAAACUGUACAUGACUAGCCUAUUCAGUUUGGAACAGAAUGAUGAAGGUUCUUGUAGCACUGCAGUUGGUUUUAUUCAGGUCUGGUCAAGUGUUGGCUGUGAAGCCGGAUGUCAUGCUGAUAGGUCAUGGCCUCGUGGGUGGUCUGUAUUGUCACUGUUGGGCCUCUGCCUCAUACACUGAGCUGGUGCACAUAGUCAAUGGACGUGUCUAGUGUGCUUGUGUUACUCUGUAGUACUGUGGUAAUAUCAUUUUAAAGGUCCAAACUGCAGCACAAAAACAAAACCUUAGGGGGCCAGUAGCUGACAUAUGAUGUCACGUACAGUUAUCAUGCCUCAGUUUUUCUGGAAAAUAUAAUGUGCCAUCAAGAUGCUGUGAUUUCAAAAAAUUGUUACUCUGGUCACUGGCCUGAAGGUGUGAUUUCCAAAAUGUUGUUUUUUGGAUUUUUUUAAGCACGGAUCACAAGCUUCGUUUGCAAUGAUUGUUUUACUGAUUCAUUCAAUAAUACUUGAAUACUAAUAAUUGGACCGAAUUUCGUUGUAUUUAGACCUAAACUAACUUGCC